CGCGAACGUUAGCAUACUCCCGGCGCCUUGGAUUAUCGACGGCCAAAGAGCCAAAAAAAAGAAAAAAAAACGAUUUUUUGUCGAAGGCGGGGACCACAGGCAGCGCAGAGCAGCAGCAGCAGCAGCAGCAGCAGGAGUACUGGCCGGGGUAUUUUUGCAAUUCCUCGAGGUCGGGACACCAGCAGCAGCGGCGGUUGAACGCCACGUGGCAGCUGCGCGGGCCCUCGGCUCUCCCCGUCUGUGGAAUCACCGACGGAUCGCGGGUUGGGAUCCCCGAUCACCGGUCGGAGAUCGAGACCAAUUACAAAGAGAGCAUCAGAAGAAGAAACGCUGCCACGUGCCAAAGACGGAGGACGAAGACGAGAUCAACUGCGGCCAUAUGUCCCCUCCACACUUCUCCUCCUUCUCCUCCUUCUCCUCCUCCUCUGCGUUGUAAUCAUCAUAAUCAUCAUUACCAUCAUCAUAAUGAUCAUCGUCAUCAGCAGAGAAAGAUUUGCUGGUGGAUAUCAACGGCUGAGAUAGAUAAUCAACGACGGAGGAUUUGCACUUGGCCCGCCCGGGCGAUGCCUUACGACGACCAACAAGCCAGCAGCAGCAGCAACGUACUACCGGUAGGCAGCAACGGACUACCGGUAGGCAGCAUGCUUGCUGCGGAUCGGGGACAUGAAGACGAAGAAGAAGAGGAGGAAGAAGAAGAAGAAGAAGGAGAAGCACAAGAGGGAGAGGGAGAUGAAACCUUGUCUCCUGCUCGGCCGCGUGGCUUGAUCUCAUCAGAUUCAGUCGAAGGGCAAAGAAGGGAUAUCCGUAGCACUCCUUGUGACAGUAAUACCCCUGGCAGUAGUAGUUAUGACAGUAAUACCCCUGGCGAGGAGCCCAGAAAAGCACCCAAGAAUGACCCGCCAUCAACUGCCACGGCAUCAAGUUUCACGUCAUCAAGUUUCACGUCAUCAAAUAACACCACUCAAUCAUCAAAUGCCACGUCAUCAAGUGCUGCCACGUCAUCAAAUGCUGCCACGUCAUCAAGUGCUAACACGUCGUCAAAUGCUGCCACGCCAUCGUCAAAUGAUACGUCGUCAUCAAAUGCCACGUCAUCUAAUGAUGAUGAUGAUGAUGAUGAGGAUCUCACAGGCGGUGCCGACGGUGGCAUCUCUUUUGGUCAGUCGUCAACAUUAAAUCCCCCGCCGCUGCCGCAGCCGCCACCGCCAUCACCAGCAGCUUCUGAACGAACAGGGGGGGGGGKGAUGAUGAUUGGCACUGCGGCCGCUGCGAUUACCGGAGUACUGAUCGCUGCUCUGAUUGCUAAUCAACAAAUUGGAAGUGGAGAUUCCAUCUUUGCUGUCGGUCCUGGGGAUUUGAUUGAUUGGAUGGAGGGGAGGAUAUCAGAAGCAGGGGAGCUGGCUCCGCUCUACUUCGCCGUCGCUUACGUAACGUGCACCGUCUUCUUCAUCCCGGCGUCCGUUCUCACCAUAGCCGCGGGAUACCUAUUCGGUCCGCUGGUCGGGACGGGUCUGGUCUCGAUCUCCUCGACAACUGGUGCAGCUACCGCCUUUCUGAUCUCUCGAUACCUCGCACGACCGGUCGUUCGUCAGGCCUUAGACAAAUACGACAAAUUUACUGCCAUCGACGCCGCCAUCGCCAGUCAAGGGUGGAGGAUCGUCUUCCUCCUCAGACUCUCUCCUCUCUUCCCUUUUGGCUUAUCUAAUUACGGAUUAGGCUUAACCGGGAUCGGGUUUUGGCAGUUCGUUGCCGCGUCGUGGGUCGGGAUGCUCCCUGGCACGUUCGCCUACGUGUAUCUCGGAGGAGCAGGCAAAGCUGCGGUCGAUGCCGUAUCCUCGGCCACGUCACCAGUAGGGAUGAUUGGUCUGGAGGGGGGAGGAGGAGGAGGAGGAGGGGAGGAAAGCUCUCUCAUCAAGCUGAUCCUGUAUGGAGUGGGGGCGGUCGCGACGCUGCUCGUCACUCGGACUAUCUCUCAAGCAGCGACCCAGGCCAUAGAUGAAGCCAGCAAUAGUAGCAGCACUGACAAAUGACCUUUUUUUUUUUUUUUUUUUGGUGUGCUGAAUGUGGUCGGAUGGACAGCGGAUCAGCCAUGAACUGAUUAUUAGACCAGGCAAUGAAAAAUGGAUAGAAGAAAAAAAAACAAAAAAAACAAAGAUUAGACCAUAUA